UGUGGCCUGGAUGAGGUGUGGAGAUGGGGAAAAAGCUGGAUCUUUCCAAACUCACAGAUGAAGAGGCCAAGCACGUGUGGGCAGUGGUUCAGCGGGACUUCGACCUAAGGAGGAGAGAAGAAGAAAGACUUGAGGAACUGAAGGGAAAGAUACAAAAAGAGAGCUCCAAGAGGGAGUUGCUGUCCGACACAGCCCACCUGAAUGAGACCCACUGUGCCCGCUGCCUGCAGCCCUACCGGCUCCUCGUGAACAGCCGAAGGCGGUGUCUGGAGUGUGGCCUCUUUGUCUGCAAAAGCUGCAGCCAUGUCCACCCAGAAGAGCAGGGCUGGCUCUGCGAUCCGUGCCACUUGGCCAGAGUCGUGAGGAUUGGCUCGCUGGAGUGGUACUACCAACACGUGAGAGCUCGUUUUAAGCGCUUCGGAAGUGCCAAAGUGAUCCGGUCUCUCUGUGGGCGGCUGCAGGGUGGAGGUGGAUCUGAGCCAAACUUGGAAGAAGGGAAUGGAGACAGUGAGCAGACGGAUGAGGAUGGAGACUUGGAUGCAGAGGCCCAGGCCCAGCCUCUCAACAGCAAAAAGAAAAAGCGCCUGCUCUCCUUCAGUGAUGCGGACUUUGAGGAAGACUCAGAACACUCUUCACAGCCUUGCAGCCAUACCCUUGGCCUGUCCUCCAUCCCCGAGUCCACACACAGCUUACAGUCCCUCUCAGGCGAGCCCUGCUCUGAGGACACCGCCUCUCUGGAGCCCAAGGGCCUGGAGGAUACUGAUGCAGGGGCUUUGGGGUGUCACUCUGGUCCAGAAGAGCAGCCCUAUAGCCCCUUGCCCUCCGGAGAGGAUGCUCACACUGAGCUGGACCCAUCGGGAGCAUCCUCCAAGAUGCUCCUAGGGACCACGGCUAUGCCUGAUGGUGUCAAAAGCAAGCAGCUCCCCUCACAGUACCUGGCUGAUGUGGACACCUCUGAUGAAGACAGUCUCCAGGAUCCCAGGGCAGCCUCCCAGCAUUCCAAGAGGAGGGCCCGGGCUGUGCCCGACUCACAGAUCUUGGAGUUGAACAAGCGCAUGUCAGCUGUGGAGAACCUGCUGGUCCACCUGGAGAAUGCGGUACUGCCACCCUCAGCCCAGGAUCCAGCUGUGGAAUCAUACCCCAGUGCAGACGACACGGAGGAGGAGGCUCUCAGGAGGAGACUAGAAGAGCUGACCAGCAACAUCAGUGAUCCUGGCACCUCAUCAGAGGACGAGACCAAGUCAGGUGGCACUCUCCAUGCCAUGUCCCCAGAGGUGUGCACAGACACAGGGCACAUGGAGACACAGGGAAGGAGCCCUCAGGGGCCUGGGAACCCUACACGGACUACAAUGAGCACAGAUGAGGCACUGUCAGAGAUGGAGGACAGAGUGGCCAUGACAGCCUCUGAAGUUCAGCAGUCUGAAAGUGAGGUCUCAGACAUCGAGUCCAGGAUUGCAGCUCUGAGGGCAGCAGGACUCACAGUGAAACCCUCAGGAAAACCCCGGAGAAAGUCAAACAUCCCAAUCUUUCUUCCCCGGGUUACCGAGAAACUUGACAGGAUCCCAAAGGACCCCUCUGCAGACCCCAAGGACCAAGCCAAGGUGCCCGAGGCGGCGGCCGUGUCCUAUCUCCUGAGGGGGAAGAAUUCUCCCAGCAGUCAAGGCAUAGACGGUGGUUCUUUUGACCGGAAAUCAGUGUACCGUGGCUCACUGACACAGAGGAACCCUAACGGGAGGAGAGGAACAGCCAGACACAUCUUCGCGAAACCUGUGAUGGCCCAGCAGCCCUGAAAGAGAAGGCUCAUGGCACAGAAGAGUACCACAGAGCACCCGCCUGACCCCGCCACAUGGCCUCGCAUCCCCAUGGGCUCUGUGCUCCUUCUCUCGACUACUCGUAGUCGCCAUCCCGGUGAAAAAUAGGAACUUCCUGUGUGGAUCCACCUUUGAGAUGUCAGUUUCUCAGACUUCCGGCUGUCAACAGGCCACUGACCAGAGCCAAGGCGCCUGCCAGCCUCUGACCCGGGAGAUACAAAAGGAUGUGAUUUUUUCCUCUCAAGACGAUGCUCUCUAUCCGGGGAACACCCAGAUACCCUUUCUCUAUGAUCCCUUAACCCAUCUCUUGGCUUUGUUGGGCCACGUUCACAGACGUAGUGGAAAGAGAUGGUCCAGUGGAGGCCCUGGGCUUGUUCACACUCCUGACUGCGAGGGAGGGAGAGGGGCAGAUACAAGAGCGUCUGUGGGAUGAUGGGAGAGUGCGCAUUACAGACAGUGAACAAGGAGGGCUAGAUUCCUCACCCACCUCAUAGACCUUGUUCUUCAAGUUUCCUUGUGGGUCACAGACAGGAGCCAUAACGCUGACUGUCCAACCCCACCCCAGAGUUUCCACCACCGUAACCACCAACCGCAGUGCCACACUGAGGCCAAGUCUCUAACACAGGCUUUUGGGGUACACUACAUAGAGAUCUCACUUUCCUAGACACCACAUGCUUUAAACACAGGCUUCUAGCUCACAUAAAUGACGGCUUUGGGAUUUAUCAAGAGUUCAGGUUUUCCAAAGCCAAGUGCAUCAGAGACGACAGUCUUGCUCAUGGCUGCAUAGUCUGCUCUUCACAGCCUUCCCAUCACUGUGGGAGGCAGUCUCCUACUGCCAGGGCUACCUCUUCCCCAUCGGCUUGUGUCAUGUUCCAGAAGUCCAGAGAACACACAGGCCAAAACCACAAACAUCCUAGUGUACCCUGAGAAUGGACUUCAGGAAGAAACUUCUCACUGCCUCAGAGACAUCUCAGGAGUCUCACAUUUGCUUCCUGCGUCCUUCUAGCAAAGGACUGCAAAAUAAGCCAGCCACGGCCACAGGAAAUGAGCCCUCCUGAGUUUCAGAGGACAAAAGUCCAAUCAAGGUGUCCAUGGAAUUUGCAGUUCUAAGGUGCAAGUGUCUCUUCCUCCUCCUGGGACUGAAGCCAUCCCAGGACACCUUGACUUCAGUCCCCAGCCUCAUCUUCAUGUCCCCGUGCCUUGUACGAUUCUGAACGGCUGUCCUCUUGUCAGGACACCGUUUGCUGCAUGCAGGGCGGCCUUUACCGAAGAUGGCCACAGCAGUCAAUGCACUUGCAAAGACCCUCUUUCCUGAUGAUGCUCCAGAUGGGUGUGAACUGGGCAGAUACAGAGUUCAGAGACCUCAAAACUCUGCAGUGUUCCCCAAGCACUGGGGUCCGCAUGGCUCUGAUGAAAGCCAGAGGAAGACCAGGAGGUGGGGCGCUGGCCAGGGAGUCCUGCUCAAAUGGGCGGGCUUACGGCAAGGAGCAGAAAUCCAUGUGCAACCGUGGGGAAAGGCACAGAGUUUUCUCCUGCAACCCAAGGGCACAAGCGGUCCAGGUUCGGGGAGUAGGAGGCUGGGGCACACCCUCACAGCCUCUCCCCGCACCUCUGCUCUGCAUUUUGUCUGUAACUUUUCAGAAUUCUAGCUGAUGUCCCAUGGUCUCUUUGGCUACAGCUCUGUGAUUACCCCAGUCUGGCAGCCACAGCUCACCAUCCCAGACCAUAUGGGACAGUCACUUAGGGCCACGCACACCCUCCGUGUUGGCCACCUAGAGCAGGCCUGUGUCGGGCGAGAACUCCCUCUGCUGUGCCCAAAGCUGGUUCAAGAGUCCUUGCUUGGUUCUCCUGUCCCAGGAUCCAUGGCCCAUUAAUAAGAUGUGGGGAAAGCUCCCUGACACCUCUCUGGGGUCAAACCCUCCAUGCAACCCACUCCAGCUCUGAGGUACCCAGGCCAGGCCUGCAGCUGGGGUUCUGUGAGGCCCUGCAAGAACACAGGCCAUACCUUACCUGCACUUUGCCACCUGCCUUUAGAACAUCUCCAGGCACCCAAAGCACCCCUCAAUUCUGCAGACCCUUUGCCUGGCACCAUCAAGUGUGGGGUGAGGAGGAGACUGGGCUGAGACCGCCCUGCCUGUUGACUCCCAUUUGGAACCUCAAAGGGACAACGUGUCCCUGCUACACUUUGAUAACUUUGAUAAAGCUACUUUGCUAAAAAGGACCCAUGAUCCUAGACACACGAGAGAGAGAGAGAGAGAGAGAGAGAGAGAGAGAGAGAGAGAGAGAGAGAGAGAGAGAGAGAGAGAGAGAGAGGAGAGAGAGAGAGAGACCCAGACCCACAAAGAUGUUCAGGACACUCAUUCCCAUUCCCAAGGUGUCACAGCAGUCCCCUUGGGUCCUAGAACUAAGCACACAUCCAGGGAAAUCUCCCACAAGACCCACAUACCCCACCAUGACUGUUCUCACCAAGGUAGGAGGCCUGGCUAUCACCAUUGCUAAUGCCUGAGCUAUCCACAGAUGGACCCAAAGCACCAAGCAAACAUUUAACGCUCCCUGUGACCCUAAUCUUCAGUCUAUGCCAUCCUCCUCCUGGAGCUCCUUACCAUACCCACCUCCUACCAGAUCUCCCAAGGAGUUCACCAGCCAGAGCCCGACUCCAAGGAAGAGGCAGCCAUGCCUGGAGAACACGGAUGUUGGAUCGAGUAAGCCCCCGAAGGGUGAAGUGGCAGCCUGAAGCUUUUCCUACAAGUCUGGUGGUGGCCGGGAAAUGAUGAUCCCAGGGAAUCUACUGCUUUGUCUCUUCUCAUGCAUAGUUCCUUCAAGAAUGUUCUAUUGAUAGUUCAUGUAAUCUGUAACUCUUGACGUGGUGGUGACGGGUCCAAGUUAAAGGACAGAAUCUUAGAGGAUCAUUUGCGGCAGCAUAUACCCACAGGUAUUUUAACAACUCCAGGCUGUGAUGGUAAGAAAAACGAGGCUCCGCACCUGUGAACAGGGAACUCACCAGAAGGCAACAUCCGAAGUGAAAACACUGGCCUGUUCACAUAUCUGGGCUCUUUUCUCUAUUUUGAAGUGCGCUAAUUUUCUUUCUCAUUGCUUGUAAAUUGCCUUUACCGCAAAAUAAACUUGCUUUUUAGAA